AUGGCAGAAUAUCGGGAUGUUGUGGAAUUCUUAGCGAGAGGCUUUAGUUUAUUUGAUGGACUACAUCGAAACAUUUUUACGAAAGAUAAUGUUACGGCUGAGGCGUUGUUGUUUAUAUAUAUCAAACGAUCGUCAUUACAUUUUUACGAAGUUGAAGCUGUCAGUUGCAAUCUGUGCAAUUCUACUAAUUUGACAUUGGGCUACGAUAUUCGGGACUCACUUAAUAACGUCGACGUCGCCCUUGAAGCUACUUUGGGUUAUACUUUGCUUCGAUCUCGAAAGCCAGACAGAAAUAGCUCUCAAAAGUGCUCUUGCAACGACAAUACCACGGAACCGUACAUAGUCACUUUGAUUGGUGGAGCACGCUCAGAGAUAUCGCAACGUGUUAAUGCGAUUGCUGGCGUAUCAUCACUUCCACAAAUUAGCUACUCUAGUACUAGUGUCUCUUUGAGCAACAAGGAAGCAUACAGGACUUUCAUGCGUACCAUACCUCCAGAUAAUUAUCAAGCCCGUGCUAUGGUUGAUAUCUUGAAACAUUUCAACUGGUCAUAUGUUGCAACAGUAGCGACGGAUGAAGAUUAUGGUCGUGGUGAGUGGAGCUCGGAAGACACGAAACAAGAAAUUCGGAGUAUUGUCAGAGAUUUGAAAAAAAUUGAAAGAACCAACGUGAUUGUGUUGUUUUGCGAGCGUCCACGAGCUGUCGCUGUGCUUAAAGAAGCUCAAAAACAAGGGUUAACUGGGAAAACGUGGAUUGCCACCGAGGCUUGGGGAUUCAGUGAUAGCGUUUAUGAUUUUGAUUUAUCGACAGUGGGCGGUAUGGUGAAUAGAACUGGAUCCAGUAGUAGGUUGUUGAGUUACAAUGAAGAUGGAAAUCCAGAAGUGAUCUAUUACAACAUCAGCAACCUUCAACCUUCAACCAAAAAUAGAAAAGGGAAAAGUUUUGUGUUCGUUGGCAAUUGGUCCAACGGUUUACUGAAAAUUCGGAGUCCCAUUUACUGGAACGGUGGUCGAAACACCACCCCUGUCUCGGUGUGUUCGUUUCCAUGCCCCCCGGGGAUGUAUCAAGUGAAUAGUGAUGUUGCUUGCUGCUGGGAUUGUAUACUCUGUCCACCCGGACAAUUUAAGGUCGGUAUCGGACCAAACCAAUGCGAGGAAUGUCCUAACGGUUUUACAUCUGAUUCUAAUCGUACGCGAUGCUUGCGCAUACCAGAAGAGUUUAUCCGUUGGGAUUCGGCAACUGCUGCCGUAUUGACAUCGUUUUCUGUGUUCGGAGUAAUUGUGACGUCAUUCAUGUUUGGUGUUUACUAUAAACAUCGUAAAACCCCUAUCGUCAAAGCUGCAUCACGAUAUCCCUCUUUGCUCCUUCUCAUAACUAUAACUGUGAUGUUUGCUCUACCAUUGCUUUAUAUUGGACGUCCAAAUACGUCUAUUUGUCAUGUUCAGCCUAUAGCAUUUGGCUUACUCAUGACUUUGGCAUCUUCACUGGUGCUAACCAAAACAUUUCGUCUCAUUCAGAUCUUUAAUAACGUUGUGGCCAACAUCAAAGAUAAGUCCCUGGUUACAAUGAAGACUCAGUUUCUUAUGGUUUUCGUUUUGCUCGUUAUUGAAGCUAUUCUGAUAGCAGUAAUGGUGGAUGUGCAUCCUAUUAAAUUGCAAUCCUUCGUAAGAGAGACCGCUGUACCUAUCGGUUGCAAUGAUUCUGCACGUGAUCUGCAUACCGCUGUACUUUUGUAUAACUGGCUUUUAUCUAUGGUGUGUGCAAUAAUGGCAUUUCGUGCUCGUUCCCUUCCAGCCAACUUUAGCGAAGCACGUUUGAUUACUUAUGCUAUGUUUUCAUUUUCAGUAAUAUGGUUUUCGUUUAUUAUCGUCUUCACAGGAAGUAUUCUUGAUCGUUUUGCCAUUUAUAUUUGUGUCGCUAUUUUAGCGACUGCCCUGGAUCUUCUUGCAUGUAUGUUUGCACCCAAGAUAUAUGUGAUUCUCUUUAAGCCUGAACUCAAUCAAAUGGAAGUUGUUCGUGCUGAUAUAUACCGCUAUACAAUGAAACAGCGGGCGCGAUCACUUUCUCCCAAUCCCGAAUCCAGUGAAACUCAACACGUGAGAAAUACGUUAGAUGGUACUUUACCUCGUAGAAAAUCUGCACACAGCAUACAAGACGCUAAGUUGUGA